AUGUUUGACGCUUCGAUUCAAGAAGUGAACGGGAAGGGGCCGAAGAAGAGGAAAAAGUCACUGGAACAUAUCUGUGAUAAGGGCCAGCGGGCGGAAUUGAAUACGAGUGAGAAUGAGGAAAGACCUGCGGAGAAUGGAACAAAGGAAACCGCUGCUAACGAUACUGUGGAGCUCCUGCACUGGCGAGAUAUGCCUAAGCAUCUGCAGUUCAAUCCGUACGUGCUGACAGGUUACCGGCCGCUGCAAGACUGGAGUGGAUGUGUUCGAAGUCUCUUCUAUUUCCACAAUGAGACCAUUAACAUCUUUACUCACGGUAAGAAUUUUUUUAACUAA